GUCUGUCUCUCUCUCUGCCUGUCUCUCUGCCUGCCUGUCUCUCUCUCUCUGCCUGUCUGAGGUGAAUUCAAACAGACGAGCUGUCUUCAGGGUUUUCUGCCUCCACGUGUUAAAAUAAAGUAAAACUUAAGCUCGGGUUAAAACAGUCCCAGAGAGCAGCUAAGUCACGUGUUGUGCUCCAAUUCGGCAACACGUUCAAACCACCAAGCAGAACUGUUACCAGAAAACCCCUCAGCUGAAAACUAAAUCUCGCUUCGUUAAAACUCCGAGGCGCCGUUAAACAACAGCAAUGUUGAGAUUUGGAUUAAAUUAAAUAAACUCUGUGUGUUGGCUGAAUGUCGCUACGGUUCAGAAAAUGAAUAUAUUCGCUGUGUGUGUGUGUGUGUGUGUGUGUGUGUGUGUGUGUCUGAUGAUAACCGAGUAAACAAUAAAUUUGACAGAAUUUGCCCGGAGUCUGGCGCGCCGGUCUCCGGGCAGAGACGGCGGCAGAGCUCGCUAACGCCGCCUGACCGACCUGUUCUCGAUCUCCGCGGGGUCUGAAAGGCAGACAGUUGUCGUCAUGACAGCAGGAGCGGUGUCGGCUCCGCUCAUCAUUCCCAUCAUCCAGCUGCAGACGCACAGAGCCAAGAACCACAUCGACACCAACACACCUGUCUCCAUCCAGUCAGACACUCCUGGAGUGCUGAUCUUCUACACUCUGGAUGGGUCGAAGCCGGCCGCGGUGCAGCGGGGGUCAGCAGGCAGCAGCAGGAAGUACAGCGAGCCCAUCCUGCUGCCUGCUGGGCGAGUGGCUGUCAGGGCUGUGGCUGUCACCAGCGAUGGCAGGGACAGCUCCACAGUGACGAAGGUUUUCUCAGUUGAGUUCGUGGAUUCAACCAGGAAGGAGAACGAGGAGAACUUCCUGCAGAGCGACCAGCAGUUUUCAUUUCAGCGUCCGUCUGAAGCAACCUCGCGGUCUGCUGGGAACUCUGCUGGUUCUUCGCUGAGGCCUCCAGAGCCGAGGAUGAUGGGAAACACCUCUCCUCAAUCAGGUCCUCGUUUUCUGAACAGUCGACUGGGCUCUCUGACCGCCGCUGCCCAAACUGGAUCUUCCCAACGUUCCCAGUCAGUGAGUUCAGGUGUGUUGAAGCAGCUGAGCAGCACGCAGACGUCCCGAAUCCACCGAGAAACCGACUUCCUGCGGUGUGCUCAGUGUUUGAGUUUUCGUCCUUCAGAUCCUUUUGCUCGGUUCUGUGCUCAAUGUGGAGCUGUGGUUCCUCCGUUACCUGAACAGAGACUGCCCCCUGCUGAGGGAGGACAGGUGGUUUGCUGUGCGUUCUGUAACGCUCUGGUUCCUGCGAACACUCAAACCUGUUUAAUCUGCGAAGCCUCCACCCAGCAACUGCGACCGCAGUCCAGCCUCAGUCUGCAGGAUCACGUGCUGUGCGUUUGCUGUGGAAGUGGGAAUCCAGCUCACAUCUCCAGCUGUUUGACCUGCGAGAGCCGCCUGCAGCCGGCGGUGUGCGUUGGGAACAGCGCCCCCUCUGUCCCGUCAGCAGACAGCAGGAUGUUGUUCUGCUCCAGAUGUAACCGUAGAAACCACGGUGAUGCCAGAUACUGCGACUGGUGCGGCUCAAAGCCCGGUCAUGCAGCCAGCUAUGUGAUUUGUUGCCGAUGCGGAGCGAGCGGACACCCGUACGCCUUCUACUGUUCAGCCUGCGGUGUCUUUCUGGAAGCUCCAGCCCCGCCCACAUCCUGCAGUGACAUCACACGACCUGUUGGAAGUGCCGCCACCAACCAGCUGGCUUCAGCCCCAACUUCCCAUGAUGCCACCUGGCAGGCCACGCCCUCCUCUGACCCCGGACACAGCAAGAAGUUAGCCACGCCCACUGUAGAGCGGUGCACGCAGACUGUUGGACUCUACUACCCAUCAGCCACUGAGCUGCAGAGGAAGGAGGAACAGAGGGCGCUACAACUCAGCAAGCAGCAGACGACCAGAGACCGCCAACCGCUACUGACCGCCAUCAGCCCGGGCAGAGGUUACUGGAGGAAGCAGUUGGAUCAUGUGUGUGCCCACCUGAGAAGUUACGCUCAGAACAACGCCCCCUUCAGGACUCUGCUGGGAGAGCCUCGCCUGGGCCGGAUGGUCUCUGCUGUGAUUCAGGAAGAUUCCUACGAAGUCUGUCUGACCGUCAGCUUUGUGUCGGCCGGACGCGAAGAGAAACAGGUGGGUCCAGCAGGUGACAGUGCUGGACGGACUGCAGGCCGGACCGAGACUCUGAGCAGCGUCACAGAGCGAUCUGCCGACAGCAGCAGAAGCGAUCGGUCCACAGGUGUGAUGAAACCUCCGAAACCAAACCUGACACCCAAACCUCCGGUGAAGGACGUGCAGCUGCUGAAGGAGCUGGGUCCAGGUGGAGGUCAGAUCAGCGUCAUCCAGCAGCUCCUGGAUCAGGGGGCGGACCCCUCCUGCUGCGGCAGCGACGGCAGACACGCUCUGGCGGUUGCCGUCCUUAACGGUCACCAUGAUGUACUUCCUGUUUUAGUGCAGCGAGGAGCAGACGUCGACCAGCAGUCCGGACCGAUGAAGAACUCAGCUCUGCAUGAAGCUGCAGCUCUGGGCUCUGAAGGUCUGCAGAGCGCUCAAGUCCUGCUCAGCUGUAAGGCCGGCGUGGGGCGGAGGAACGCCGGCGGUCAGACGGCGUACGACUUGGCGGUGAAGUCGGGCUGCAACAACAUGGCGUCUCUGCUGGCUGCCCAGACCGGACUGGACUUACUGGGCAAACUGGGAAAACCCAAACUGAACGAAACGCUCGGCUUCAGAUGAGACCAGCGGCGGCAGAUUCAGACCGCAGAAAGUCCCCUCGCACCGCUUCGCCAUCUAAACGUUUCCUUCUCUGGAUACUGAAAGCAGCCGAUGGGUUGUUUGAUUUGAGUAUUUUUAACUUUGUUACUAAAUAAAAAGUUGUUAAAAGCA